CUUUCCCUCCCCAGUUAGUAUUAAAAAAUGACACUUUAGUAAAACUGUCAUAAUGCUAUUCCAAUAUGUCAAAAUACAACUCUACUGUCAACGUACCAGUUUACUGUCACUUCGAGUCAUUAUUUUGACAUAUGCUGUUGAUUGAGUUGUGUCAAAAAGGCAAAGAUUUUCACUUGGUCAUUUUUGUGUAGCAAAUAAAAUGAGCAGAUAUAGUUUCUUACAAAGGUCCAAAAAAUCAGCGGGAACGAGUGGGAAACGAUUCCGUCGGAUAGAAAAGAUUUGGACACAUGAGGAACAAAAAAUACUUAUAGACUUUAUAGCGGCAAGACCGGCUAUAUGGGAUCCCGAUUCUGAAUUGUAUAAAAAAAGUGAAAUUAGAAAGAAAAUAUGGGCAGAAAUCGCCGAAGUAACAAAGCAUAGUGUGAAUGACGCGAAAAAUUACUGGAAUAAUUUGCGUUCACGAUUUAACACGGAGCGUAGGAAAGCAAUGCUGUUUGAAAGUAAGCAUCCGGGCAAAAAAUUUGAAUCUGGUUAUGAAUUUUAUACCGGAAUGCAGUUUUUAACAAAAAUAGAUUCAAGAAGGCCUGCACAGAGUGUGGAAGAUGUGCAUAUACAAAUGAAUGAUUACUAUUCACUUAGCAGCCAAACACAAGAUGAAAGCGAUAUUGAAUCUAAUCACAGUUUACUGGAACCCAAAUAUAAAACGGAUAAUGACCAUUGGAAUCUGAAGGAGAUGUUUUUGAAUGACACUAUACAACAGCCAAUGACUGUGAUCAAAGAUGAUUCUGCUACAGAAAAGUUUGUACACCCGAAUGAGCAUAUUUUGGAUAAUUUGGCUAUGGAUCCAUUAAAAUCAGACGAAUUACCAACAAGUAAUAAGCGCAAACUGUAUAUUGAUCAACAUCAACCAGUACCAGUACGUAGAAAGUGGAAGGAAGUAUUCUCCGAGUUUAUAUUAUGUGAACUGGAGCGUUAUGAGUGUAAUGAUGCGCAAAGACUGAAGGCUGAAUUGACGACCGUUUGCUUAAACUUUCAACCACAGCAACCGCCAAUGAAUGACUAUUAAUUCUACGAAUUUUAAAUUAAAUCAUUUGCUAUUAGUUAUCAUAAUAAGUGUAAUAAAUAUAUUAUAUGUAAAUAAUUACAUAAU